AUGGCUUCAAGUACAACAGAAAUAGUCCACGAGUUUCAGCCCUUCAUCCGAGUCUACAAAGACGGUCGAAUUGAAAGAUUGUUGGGUAACGACGUGGUUCCUGCAUCAGUGGAUCCCGACACCGGUGUUCAAUCUAAAGACGUCGAAAUUGCACCGGAGAUAGGUGUAGCCGCCAGGCUUUUCUUGCCCAGAAACGCCAACCCACACCACAAACUUCCUCUCCUAGUCUACUUUCACGGCGGAGGCUUUCUCGUCGAAAGCGCCUUCUCUCCAACGUACCAUAACCAUCUUAACGCACUUGCCGCAGAAGCAAACGUUGUUGUAGUUUCUGUGAAUUACAGGCUUGCCCCAGAGCACCCUCUCCCUGCAGCUUACGAAGAUUCAUGGGUCGCGAUCCAAUGGGUUGCUUCCCAUUUCAAAGGAGAUGGCCAGGAGCCAUGGCUGAAGGACUAUGUUGACCCCCAACAUGUAUUCUUCGGAGGAGAUAGUGCAGGUGGUAACAUAGCACACAACAUGGGCAUGCGGGUCGGGUCAGAAAAACCGGAAGGUAUCAAUCUUGUCGGGUUGGUUUUAAACCAUCCAUUCUUCUGGGGUGAAGAACCAAUUGGCAAUGAAGCUGCUGAAUCCAAUUUCCCCAAUAAAGCCUUCGUCGAUAACUUGUGGCGGUUAGUGAACCCGUUGACAGUUGGUUCGGAUGACCCGUUUCUGAACCCGGCUCUCAAUCCGGAGCUUUCAAGCCUAGUGUGUACGAGGGUUCUGGUUUGUGUUGCUGAGAAAGAUAUAUUGAAAGAUAGGGGUUGGUAUUACAAGGAGCUAUUGGACAAAAGAGGGUGGAAAGGAAAGGUAGAGGUUAUGGAGGCCAAGGGGGAGGACCAUGUCUUUCAUUUGUUUAAUCCCACUUGUGAAAAUGCUUUGGCUUUGCUCAAAAGAGUUGCUUCUUUUUUGAAUCAGGACAAAGCCUAG